AUGCCAUUACCCACACUAAAUGAUCUCAUCCUUGCAUACCAAAAUGAGAAGUCUGCAAAAAGAUUGCUUCCAUAUGCUUCAUGCCCAAUGAAGCACUUUCUAGAUGUAGUUUCAAGAAGAGCCGGAGAUAUGAAAGCCCUAGGUAAAACUAUAGUGAGGAAUGUAUAUGAGCUAGAACUAGAGAGAGUAAAAUUUUUUAUCAAAGAAUAUAUACGGGUUAGGUUGAAGAAACUAAGUACAAAUCUGUACGUAGAUCGAUCGUUUUUAUCUGAAAGAGAGACUAUUUUCUAUGAAAAAUACAUUGGCCUACUGAAAGAAAGAGACAUAUAUGUUCCAGAGCAAAAAUUUUGUAAAAAAAAUGAGUUUAUUGGAUUUUAUUGUUGCGUUGACGUUGAUGGAAUAAUGAUUGAUGGGGAAUUGCUGGAGGUGUUCAAAGGAGACUUCUUUGUUGCUCCAUUAAGUGAUGUGAUGGAUCUUCUAAAGAGAAAUGAAAUAAUUCUAUUUUAA